UUUUGUAUCCUCAAUAUUAAUGAAAACAAUAACGGCUGAUUAUUGUGGCAGUGAAGUUAGCCUAGUGGACUUUACACCGAUGUUUUUGUGUGUUGUGGUCUUGAUACUGCUAACGGUGCCACUAGUUAUCACCCUCAACCCCGAGGAGGUUAAAGUAAAUGCCAGCCAAACGACCAACAAUGAAACUUAGUCUGGCAUCAAGGAAUUUUGGAAAAAUGGACGCAAUGCGACGUUUAUGUUCACUGGCCUUGUCAUCGGUGUUGUAUAUGGAUACAUCAUGUCUUAUUUGACUUGGAGGGUCGACAUCUUGGUGGAACAAAACUGUUGGUGGGAAUAGGAAUCGUAGUUCAAGGGUUUGUGGAGUUUGUGAUAGGUAUAUUUGCUUCACAGCUCAUACAAACUUUUAGUUGCCUCAAGAUCAUAAGUUUCGGGGCGUUCAUGUAUGCGAUAAAUUGCGUUGGGUAUGCCACGAUGCAUAAUCCUAAUUGGUCGAUUUUGAUGAAGGCUACUGAAGGUGCUGGGUUUUUUUGCACAAUGGUCGUGGGAUUGGCGUACAUUGCUCAGACAGCUCGUCCUAGAUGUCAAGCCGCUGUUACAUUCAUGUUUUCUGCAGCUUAUACGUCUUUGGGCUUCAGCGUGGGCUCAGAAAUUGGCGGGCUACUGACAGGAGAAUAUGGUGUAAAAAACGUUUUCUACAUGGUGUCAGGCCUCUCAGCAUCCGUCGCCAUUUUUAUUGGAAUGUUCGAUUGGAUAUAUUCCAUGAACAACAGCAGGGACGAGGUAUCAUCAACAUCUGAACACUACACUGCUGCUGGGCAUCAUCCAGCACUUACUGGUCAAGAUAGUUGUAAUUCCGACAAAGACAAGUUGAUAGAUUAUGGGAGUACUGACGGGUCAUGAAGGCUGGCUUAUCAAUGAUGAAG